GACAUGAUUCAUCUCAGCUGUAAUUGGUUUUUUAAGCUAUUUGUUUCCCAGUACCGACUGCAAAAAGGGCCCUCAGGAACUGAGUUUUAAGAAGGGACAAACAGUGUAGUUUAACUUUUCCUACAUGUCAUAUAGAAUUUGGGGUCAAUGCUUUGAACAGUGCAUUAGAGCUCUGUGUUCCAAGUCCAAAUACAGCAAUCCCUCCCUAAAUCAAGCUCUGGCGACAAAGAGAUGAACCAAAUCCAGAAACACCAUCAGGUCACCAUGAGGGAAAGUCACACCAGUUACCUCUCUCCUUUCUGCUUACAGGUCUGUCUGAAAUCCCUCAUGAUGAGUACUUCAACCACGUCAAUCUUCCUUCCAACUGCAAGCAGCCAGGUUCUUGGGACUAAUCAGAGUGUGGCUGUGGGAAAGACAGAGCCAUCCUAUGCUGUCCUCAAGUUCAUGGAGAGCUUCUGCCUCAUCAGUGCUGCCUGUGGCAUGGUGGGUAAUGGCAUGGUGCUAUGGUACCUUGGUUUCCGUAUCAGGAGAAACCACUUCACAGUCUACAUCCUGAACCUGGCUGCUGCCGACUUUGGGUACCUCCUCUGCAUUGCCAUAGAGACGGUUCAGUACCUGAUGCAGUUCAACGUGGGGGUGCAGUUUGGGAUAUUCCUCUUCCUGGAUCUUUUCAUGUAUGGGACUGGCUUGUACCUCCUGACCGCCAUCAGUAUUGAGAGGUCCCUCUCUGUGCUUUGUCCCAUCUGGUGCAGAAGUCACCGCCCAAAGCACUUGUCUGCCAUCAUCUCUGGCCUGCUCUGGGGUAUCUCCCUGCUGCUGAACACUCUUGGGUAUGUUUUGUGCUCCGUGCACCGCUCUGCUGGGACCUGCCAGAUCCUGCUCAUCACCAUUGGAGCCUUGGACUUCAUAUUCUGCACACCCCUCAUGCUGCUCUUCAGCCUUAUCCUCUUCCUUAGAGUCAAGUGCAGCUCCCAACACCUCCGAACGGGCAGGCUUUUCACCGUCAUCAUGCUCACCGUUCUCUUCUUCCUCAUUUUUGCUGUGCCUUUGAGUAUCCUGAUCCUCUUUGACUUCUUGGGCUACAAAUUUCUCUACUCCCCAGAGAUCGGUUUCGUGCUGUCCUGUGUGAACAGCACCCUCAACCCUGUCAUUUACUUCCUGGUGGGAAGCUACAGGGAUCGGAGAAUCAAGUUUACCCUCAGGCUGGCAUUCCAGAGGGCCUUUGAAGAUUCAGCAGAUGACAAAGAUGAGCGGGAAACCCAUGACACAAUCACUAUGUCUUCCUAAACCCAUCCUGUGCGUAACAGCAGCACUGGUCUGGAGCUGAGGGCUGAUAGUUUAAAGAACUGAAGAUCUCUGAGAUACUGGGCCUUUAGCUAAUUAUUUUAAGCUCCAUCAAUGGUCAGAGAAAACAAACAUCUGGACCACAGAGUUUACCUGACCUCUGUUAGGACUACAUUGAAAGUAUCUAUUUCUCUUCAGUGCCCAUUAAAGGAUUUCAGCUUGGUAAGGUAGAAUACCUUGGUGUCUGCAUUACAUCAAAGGAAUCCCACUCAGAAUUUGCAGUUUACUCAAUAAAUCUCUGUCUUUCAGAGUACAACAAUAUCAAACUCACAAAUUUCAGUCACUUUUUACUCAGGUCUCUGAAAAUGAGAUAGGAACCUCUCCUCCUCCUGUUGAAAUAAGCCAUGAAAUUCCUAGAAGGACUCUAUCUAUCUCACUUCAUGUUAAAUACCUGUAUCUCAGCCACACAUGUCAUUUUCUGCAGCUCAUAGGGUGCACAAUUCUUUGCUCUCUCAUGCUCAUUUCAAACAGUGAAAUGAUUCAUGCCCUGGAAGUUCCUUUCUUCUAUUAGCAAGGGAAGUUUCCAUAUACCAUGGAGUUGUGAUGCAGUACGAAAGGGCCCCAGCCCCUACCAACUUGCCUUAAAACUUUAUACACUGAGUUGCAUUCUCGCUUUCCUUGUGUUUCAAAGAAAUACAGGACUGGAGUUGCAUAUUACUUUACCUUCCUCCAGCCCAAGAAGGAGUAUCUUCAUCUAACUAACUACAGCACGCAUUGGGUUGUUAUUCCUCCCUUUAAGGACUGAUAAGAACCCAUGGCUUCUAACAUCCCCUUUACUGACAGAAUUAAAAUGAAGGGUAGAGGAAAAAAAUAAGAAACAGAAAAAAGGUUAAUGAAUACCACAAUUUGCAACAAAUUAUUCUCUAGACCCUUGAGAUGAAAUAUCUGAUUAUUUGAAAUGUGGUACUAUCAGACUACCUAACAUUAGCACUUUUAACCAGACUAUAUAGGAAAACGCAACACAGGUCAUUUUCUUUGAGAAACCCUCCAGAUUUCCAUUUCAUACCUUCAUUUGUGAAUACUUUCCUAAAGGGAAGAUGCAUUCUUCUGUUGUCUAUUAUCUUUAUCUUGUUGCUUUUUGCUUCCUGUUUACAGUUCCUGAAAGCUGAAAUUUGAGUUCCAUUUCCAGUAUUCUUUAAUGUUCUGCUCUUCUGCAGUGUACAUACAGUUGAUUCAGAUUAGGGCUGUGUCAUCAAUUAUUUUUUGUAAGGUGGUUUAUUUUCCUUCUAACUUCUACUGCUGAGGGGAAGAGAGUAUCCCUUUAUCAGAAAACAUGUUCUAAAUGUUUCGUUUUGAAUGUCUGUAAUGAUUUUAUCACUGGAGGAACUGAAUCUUUUCUGUUAUUGUAAAAAAUAAUAAACCCCUUUUUUUUUAAAGGGAAAACAAUUUGCAUUUAAAAAUAUUCUUGUGCUCAGAAGAAGCCAUCAACUGAUAAAACCAUUUAAAGUGUUAUAAACAUAUAA